AAAACUGCACCGGUGACAAACUAAUCAAGUUCGCCAUAACAAGAAACCGAAAGUUGAUCGGUGAUGACUGGAAGGCAAAAUACCAGUUUCAGUUCUGGAUGGUGUUCUCUGUAAAUUGUGUAUUACUUUGAAGUUUAAUGUUUUUCAUAAGCUGACGUAAACUAUGAGCGACGUUUCAAGUAUUCUAAGAGAUAUUGAAAAGAAAGUGAGUGGUGAUGAGAACAAGAAGUCAUUUAACUUACUCUACAGUUCCACCGACAGGGUGAAUGUUGAGAAAUUCCAUGUAAACUGUGACGGGAAAGGGCCAACAGUCACGGUGCUUUAUGGGAAAUACAACACGAUUUUUGGCGGUUAUACAAGCCAAGAGUGGUGUUCGGACAACAAACGAACCAAGCGAGAUGAGCACGCCUUUCUUUUCUACAAGAAUGAUCAUGCCGAAGCAAAAUGCGUUUUUCUUCCUAUCAAAGCAAACAUGGCAGAUAGAGCCAUUACUUGUGAUGCGAACUUUGGGCCAACAUUUGGGGGCGGUUCUCUGUUUUGGGAAUAUUAUGAUCUACAGGCAUUCAAAAAAGAUAGUAAACCUGAAAGUGAAAGGAAAGAAGGAUAUAUACAGUUGAAUGGAACGAUAAAUUUCGGUUGUGCUUAUGGUAUAGAAGAUAAACAGAAACAAAACCAAGAGGCUUCUGCAACGGGAAGAAAUAGACAGAAAUUGGAAGACGAUUUUGAGACGAAAUGCACAGUUAAAUCUCCAGGCAAGAAGGACAUCAAUGCGGGAAUGUUAAUCAUAAAACGGAUAGAGGUGUACCAAGUUGUAGAUGACCAGCUGCCUGAACCAUGGAGGAAAAAACCAACGGACAAAGAAAUUGAUGAAAUGAGAAGGAUUCUUGAAAAUUUAGAACCCCUCCCUGGUCUUGGUAUAAAAACAUACAAUAUACUACUUGUUGGGGUGAUUGGUUCUGGCAAGUCGAGCUUCUAUAACACGCUGGCAACUGUUUUCACGGGCUCAGUGAAAUCACACGCCCCUGCAAGAGAUGCGCCAACAAGUGUUACGAAUGAGAUUCAUGCUUAUGAACUUAAAUCAAGAAGUGGAAAGCAACUGAACCUUCGAAUUUUUGACAUAAGAGGAUUCGAGGCUGAAAGAGGAUAUGACCAUGAAUUUGAAUUGCUUCUCAACGGCAGGUUGCCAGUUGGAUUUAGCUUUCCAGAUCAGCCAGCUCCUGUUAGAGAGGAUGUACUGUUAAAUGGCAGUCUUAAAGACCAAAUACAUUUGGUGUGCUUCGUUACAGGAACUUCGAAUUUAGACACUAUCACUGAUGACCUCCAUAAGCGAAUCACUGUCAUACAGAAAUCUAUCAACAAGAAGGGAUUGCCUAUGGUUGUGGUGGCAACAAAAUUUGAUGAUCUUUGUCCAAAGAUAUCUGAAGAUGCUAAUCGAGUGUACAGAAGUCCCAAAGCUCGCGACGCCACGAACACAGUGUCAAAUUUCUUUGGUAUACAAGAGAAAUAUAUUUUUCCUAUUGUGAAUUACGUGAAUGAUGAAGAAAUUAAGGAUGGAAAGGACAGACUAGCCAUGCAAGCAUUAGAUGCAAUGGUCAGACUGACAAAGGACUACCUAGAAAACCAUAAAGAAAUGGCGUCAAAACUUGACAGGUGGUCAGAUCGCGCAAACAAACUGCAUAUACCGAGACAUGAAAACGAGAAGGAAGUUGUUCUUAUGAAGCUUGGUGGAGAACUGACAGAGCUUGGCGAUGAUGUUCUGCGCGUUCUCUGUAUUGGAGCGGUGCAUAGUGGUAAAACGAGCUUUAUUGAUUCAAUAUCAUCGGCAUUAAGAGAUGAAAUAUAUUCAAAGGCUGCAGGAGGGUAUGCAACCGGUAGAAAAUCGCAGGGUGGUCAUUUAGUUUCAACUACGGAGAGGUUUCAAAUGUAUCAGAUGAAGUACAAACACGAAUCAGAGGAUAUAAUAGGCAGCAAUGUCUACAUAGGCGAUCUACCUGGUUUUCAAGAAUCUGGUGGCAUACAGUUAGAUGCCGUCAAAUAUGUGAUUCAGGGUCACGUGCCAAACAGAUUCAAGAUAAAAGACGGAAUAAAAAGAGAUUCAAGGCGAUUCAAGCAUCGACCUCAAAAGAACGACAAAAUUCACUGCGUUUGUUUUGUUUUUGAUAUCUCUACGCCAGCGGACGAGCUGCCAGUUAAUAUACAGGAAACGUUCAAGUCUCUGCAAAGUUGGCUUCUUGAUAAAGAUAUUCCCUAUGUAGCCAUUUUGACGAAAGGUGAUUUGUUGAGCGAUGCUGUGGAAGAGUGCAAACUUCAUGUUUUUGAUAACAAGAUCUUAAAAGAAAACAAAGACAAACUCAUCGACAUGUUUAAGUUUAAGCAAAGCAAAAUGUUCCCGGUGAUAAACUAUAUACAUGAAGAUACAGUUGUUCCAGAAUCUGAUGCGUUACUUAUAUCGGCAUUCAGGGAAAUUCUGAAACUUGGAAAAGAAUAUUUGGAGGAUAUGGAUGAUGAAGAUACUGAUGAUGGUGAUAACGAAGAAAAUGGAUCAGAGGCAUAAAUUAAUUGUUAUUCAACCUUGAGACAAAAUCUCCAGAGGCGUAUACCAAGGGCAUUGCUAUCAAGAUGAAAGCGGUAACAGACGAAACAAUAUAUUUUGCUGUCUCAAGUUUUACAAAGACCUGUAAAAAGAAACAGAUCUGCAAUAUCUGAAAAUAUCACAAGAACAGAGAACGAAAUCUCGUUUAAUCAUGUGACAACCAUUAAAAUAUCGUUUAUUGA